AUGAAAGCGAUUAGUCUCAAUAUUGUGUUAUUAUUAGCUCGAAUUACUGCUACUUCUUGCACAGAAGACAGCUAUAUGUGUAAAGAAGUCGGUAAAGGAAUUUUACAAUGUAACUAUUUUCCAAACGAAAUUCUAGCUGGAAUUUCUGAAGUAAAAAUUGUUGAAUUCAUGGAACAGUACGACGAAGUGAUUGUAAAUAGUUCAUAUUUUGAGUCGGAAACCUGGAGUAAAGUGACACAUUUAACGCUAUACGAUAGAUCCGUAGACAAUGGCGAUCGAAUACUAAAUUUUUCGGCAAAGUGUUUCAUUCAGCUAGAAGUUUUGCAAGAGCUGCAUGUUCAUGUAGCACGUCAAAUUCGUCUUGAACCAGACGCCUUUGUUGGAUUAAAGUUUACUAAAGUAUUAGAUUUUAGCGAAUGUGGAAGAUUAAGUUUAGGCGAACUUUCUUCCGCGAUCGGCUCAGCUAAUAUCAAAAGUUUAGAAGUUCUUGAAAUAUCCAGUUUAGGCACUACAAAUGAAGCACUUGAAAUAAACAGGGAUAUUUUUGAAGCGCUCGCAAAUACAAACAUUAAACAUAUUGAUAUGAGUGAAAAUGUGAUUACACAAUUUCGUCCUUUCCAGCUUCGUUUGCUGGAAAAAUUAGAAGUUCUAAAUUUGUCGCUGUCCACUAUUACUGAUAUAUCGUUUUACUAUGAUAACACAAACACUAUAAAAUAUUCAACAUUCAUUAAAAGUCUCAAAGUUUUGGAUUUGAGUUACAUACAUUUGCCACGGUUUGAAUCUAUAAUGCAACACAGUGUACAAUUUAUUGAUGUUUUCCGAGUUCCGCACAUUUCUAACGUCUUAGAGCAAGUGCUGACAAGCCGCAGUAUUAAUGGGAGUGGCAUAUUGAAACAAACAUUGGAGAUUCGAAAUUUAAAUAUUACAGUUGCUAAUGACAUACAAUGGCUCCUACAAGAAAUCAAUUUAAGCAAAAACAAUUUAAACCGAUUGGAUGUUCAAAUCUAUUGUGGUAAUCACACGGCUAACAGAAUUACCAUUUUCGACCUAGCCGAAAACAACUUAGAAUUCCUUCAUCCGAGUAUUCUCUCUUUCAUGCCACGCAUAGAAAGGCUCGAUCUUUCAAACAAUUUGCUAAAUAAAAUGAUGGAUGAAAGUGAUAUUCUAUUUGAGAAUUUGUUUUCUUCAUUGCUUCAGUUGAAGUCAAUAAGUCUUUCCGCUAAUAAUUUGCUUGCUAUUCCUAAGAACAUGUUUGUAAAAAAUUUCAAUCUUGAGACAAUUGACCUUUCUUCAAACAGCAUCAGCCAAGUUACAUUCACAUUAAGCCAUGCAGAAAAGCUGAAACUUCUUGACCUUCGGAACAAUGAAAUAAACGUCAUUGAUGAAACAUCUAUAGAACUCCUUAACUCAAUUUCUACAGAAAGACACCCAGAAGCAAUCGUGAAUCUUCAGGACAAUCCAGUUUCGUGCUCUGAAUGUAAGUCAGAAAGAUUCCUAACAUGGCUUCUUCAGACGAAGAUUAUAAAUCCAUCAAAGGUCAAAUGCAUUGGAGAAAAUGAUAAUAGAAUUAACGUCACAAACGCCGCUAUCGAACUUGUACGGCAAAUAUGUGAACGACGGAAAGUAUUGAUUGCUACAAGUGUUUCCGCUGGAACGUUUGUGCUUUUGGUAAUAAUUUUCCUAACCUAUGUAUACAAGCGAUGGACACAAAUACGUAAAAAGAGAAACAGGAAAAGCGUUCUACAGUUGUUGCAAAAUGGACAGGGGAAAUUUGAAUUUGUUGCUUUCCUUUCAUACAGCAGUUCGGAUGAAGAGUUUGUGGAAAAUAAUGUUUUUGAUUCAUUGAGAGACAACAUGAAGCUGCAAACAGGAAUACAACGGGAACUGGUCUGUUCCGGAGAUCGUUUCUUACGACCAGGUUUCUUUGUGCUUGAUAAAACUAUCAGAUGCAUAGAGAAAUCAGCUGUGAUUAUCGUUGUGUUAUCUAAUGAUUUCUGUACGAGCAACUACUGUCACAAUGAGCUCGAGCAGGCAAUACAGCUGCAAAGACCAAUCAUACUGAUGAUAAAAGGGAUUGUUGACGAAGAGUUAAUGAAACCGAGGAUAAAACUGCUAUACAAGGAGAAUGUCAGAAUUCUCUGGACGGAACAAAACGGACAAUACGUUCUGAAAACAACAUGGGAAAACGUGUGUUCUUCUAUUCUUGAUCUUAUUGCGUUUAACCUUUAA